AUGUCACGAGAGAAGCGACCAGCCACCGACGCCUUUGGUACGAGCCAACUGGUGAAGCGCGCAAAGUCGGACGCGAAUCUUGGUGGAAGCACCGCUGUUGCGAUAUCAAGCGCCACUGGACAGAAUGGGGCAAUGAUACAAGCGGGCCCGGCCACUGCGCUGCAGUCGCCAGUCAUGGAAUUGAGUGGUCAUUCCGGAGAAGUCUUUGCUGCACGUUUCGACCCGACCGGACAGUACAUUGCCUCUGGUUCAAUGGAUCGGUCCAUAUUACUAUGGAACAGCUCUGGUACCUGCGAAAACUAUGGCAUCCUCGCGGGACACAAGCAGGCAGUCCUCGAUCUUCACUGGUCGCGCGACUCCAAAGUGCUCUUUUCUGCCUCUGCGGACAUGCACCUAGCCAGCUGGGAUGUGUACACUGGUGAGCGAAUAAGACGACACCCUGGACAUGAGGAAGUGAUCAAUUGCAUGGACGUCAGCAAGCGCGGUGAGGAGAUGCUAGUGAGCGGAUCCGACGAUGGCUACAUUGGAAUCUGGGACACACGAACAAAAGACGCCGUCACUUUCAUCCCCACCGAUUUCCCAAUAACAGCAAUAUGCUUGGCAGAAGCUGGCAACGAGCUGUUCACAGGAGGCAUCGACAACGACAUCAAGGUGUGGGACUUGCGAAAGCAGGCCGUGACGUACUCGCUGCUCGGCCACACAGACACAGUGGCCUCGCUACAACUGUCCCCCGACAAUCAAACUCUUCUAUCCAACUCGCAUGACUCGAGUGUCAAGACAUGGGACGUAAGGCCAUUUGCGCCCGCAGACCGACAUCUGAUGACCUAUGACGGGGCGCCCACUGGCCAAGAACGAAAUUUGCUGAAAGCGAGUUGGGACUCGAAGGGUGAGAGGAUUGCGGCAGGCAGUGGAGAUCAAACGGUAGCCAUCUGGGAGGUACGGACGGGUAAGCUGAUUAGCAAGCUCCCUGGUCACAAGGGCGCCGUCAAUGAUGUUCGCUUCCACCCUCUUGGUCAUCCUAUCUUGGCCACAGCAUCGUCGGAUCGCACGAUCGUUGUUGGCGAGCUUGGCAAGUGA